AGAACUAGUUAUGAUUCAAUUGUUUUCCUUUUGAGUUUUCCUUAGCUAUAUAUCCUCAAUCGCUGAUUUCUAAAAACAAAUUAAGAAUUCCAAAUUCUCAAAAUAACAGCAGGAUUUUUCAAGCUAGGUACUGGUUGAUGAAAACAUGGAUCUCAGUGAAAAAUCCCAACUGGUUUUGAUGGAGUCCAAGGAGUUUUCGGAUGACGAAGAUGCUGAAGCGGAAAAGCUGAAGAAGUCCUUAAAAAUUCAAAGACAAAGGAGAAAAACGAGAGUUAAGGAGACAGGAGGACCACUGCCUGGGGAAAAGGAGACUGGGCAAGACGGGCAAACCAUGGCAGCUGCUAGUGCUCGGUCACCACGCAGCUUGCCUCCACUUCCAUCAGCCUCAGGAACAAGUUUUGCAGAGUUUUCCAUGAGAGAACGAAUGAGAGAGAAACGGAAAGCUGCGCGGUCUAAAGCUGAAAGUGCUUUACUACAAGAAGUCUUGGGUCCUCAUCCACGAUCCUUGGAAAGUCUCGGUGAGAAGAAAGCACAAAUUCAACUGGAUAAUGAGGUAGGUGAAGGUGAAUCAAAUGUAACACAAGAGAAUGAAUCCAAGGUAUCUGCAAGAGUGAAGUUUCAUGAUUCUGUCAGCAAAGUCAAGCAAGAAUCACAGAACCAGGCUGGUUAUCCUUCUUCCAAAGAAGCCUAUAAUUUCUUUACUUUCAAUUAUGAUCCUGAGCCAGAGACUGUAGAGGAUGAAACUGGGAACAAGAAACUCAGCGUCUCAAAUGGUGAGAGGGAGGAAGAAGAGCAGGACUCGGCACUCAGCUGUCAGGAAGAACAAGGAGAGGGUGAAAUGGAUGAAGAGAAGCAUCUUGUUCGUGAUAGAGAGGAUGAUGACUUAUUCAUUAUAGAGCAGACGGGCCUUGAUCUCUUAGAGGUUAGACCUGCAGAAUAUGAAAGCUACUCUGGACGGGUACAGAAAGAGAGAGAGAUAUUGUUCAUUCCCAGCAUGCGAAGAGUGCCUGCCUCUUUGAAGGUGCCUGAAAACAUGCAGCCAAGGUAUCUUGAGGAUGAAGGUCUGUACACAGGAGAGCGUCCAGUUGUGUCACUGCCAAACCAAAACAUUGUAGAAAAUAGGUUACUCAGGCAGGAACAGGGUAAAAAGUGGUUUGGAGAUGAUGGCAACAUUUUGGCUUUGCCCAAUCCAAUUAAGCAGUCUGCUACUCGGCCUCCAAUAUUCUCAGAGGAAGGUAAAGAACCAGAGCUGGAGACAUUUUAUAAAAAGGCCACAAAAAUGAUGCUUGCUAAUCAGUACAUUGUUGGAUCGGAGGAUCCUCAAGGGCAGUUUCAGCUGGAUGUUGAUAUUUCUGGGCUAAUAUUCACUCAUCAUCCCUGCUUCAGCCGUGAGCAUGUCUUAGCAGCUAAACUGGCUCAGUUGUAUGAUCAGUAUCUAUCAAGGAAACAAAGAAAUCUUACCAAACUCCUUACAGAUAAGUUGCAUGCUCUGAGAAAUGCCUUACAGAAUAUUUUGGAUACCAGUGGAAGUGGAGCUCUUAACCCAGUAGCACAACAAAGUACAAUGGAGUAUAAGCUUGAAAUAAGGCAAACAAGAAGGCUUCGUGAUGCUGAGCAAGAAAGAGAUCGAGCUUUGCUUAAAGCCGUUAUCAAAGUCUGGAAAGAGAUCAAAUCCUUGCGUGACUUCCAGAAGUUCACUAACACACCCCUGAAACUCUACUUGAGAAAGGAAGAAAUUGAUCAGAGGUUGGAUGAGAAGAUAUACAAGGCAGAAAUUCAGGCUGAAAUAGCUGAAUUAUUUGAAGAAUAUACUGACGAAUUUGAAAAGAAAAUGGAAACUUACAAAACUGAACUUAAGGAGUGGAAAUCCUGGAAAAAAGCACAGAAGAGCAAGAAAAAGAAGAAACAAAGUCAAGCCCCGGAGGAUGAAGAAACAGAAGAAUCUGAGUGUGUAGAGGAACCUAUAAAACCCAUUCCUCCUCCAGAAGUUGACAGGCUGCAGGUGGAGCUGCAGGUUCGAGAAAGAGCCGCCAACAUGAGAAGGAAACCAGGAGAACCAGCUUUAAUUCCUGAGCUGAACUUAACGGGGAGUGUCACUCCAAAUGAGCUUUGUCCUAAAGCUGAAGUUUCAAGACGUGAAGAUGUAAGGAAACGGUCUCUGUUUUUGAAAGUCCUUUUCAACUCCAAAGAAGUGUCGAGAACAGUUUCCCGACAAAUGAGCUCAGACUUCAGAAUUCAUUUUGGACAGAUUUUCAACUUGCAAAUAUUCAAUUGGCCAGAGAGCUUGAAACUGGAGUUAUAUGAAACAGUCGGUCUCGGCAGUGCAAACUUGCUAGCAGAAGUGUUUAUACCAAUCCCUGAGACUACAGUGCUGACUGGAGGAGCUUCCAUAGAAGAGAUCGAAUUCAGCAGUGAGCAACGUGUGCUUUUGGACCAUGAAGGAGUCGGGAGCGGUGUACCAUUUUCAUUUGAAGCUGAUGGUAGUAAUAAAAUGACUUUAAUGACAUCGGGCAAAGUGUCUUGCAGCGUUUCCUGGGCUGUCGGAGAAAACGGGAUACCCUUAAUUCCUCCAGCAUCGCAGAAAAAUGCUGGAAUCGCAAGUGCUUUAAAAAAUAUUGAUGCCAUUGCAUCAAUUGGUACAUCAGGACUAACUGACAUGAAGAAACUAGCCAAGUGGGCGGCAGAGACGAAGCUUGAUCCAAAUGACCCAAGCAAUGCAGCGCUGAUGCAGCUGAUAAUGGUUGCAACAAGCGGAGAUGCUUCUAUUCCCGACUUCUUCAGGCUGGAGCAGAUGCAACAAGAAUUUAAUUUCGUUUCUGAUGAGGAGUUUAAUAGAUCAAAAAGAUUCAGACUUCUCCAGCUCAGAAACAGUGAAGUAGCUGAGUUUCGUGGUUUUAAGUGUGUUCCAUUACUGGAAAGAGAAAUCAGUGAAAAGGUCUUCCAGGACUAUGAGAAAAGAUUGCGUGAGAGGGAUGUAGUUGAUACCAAAGACCACUUGGAUGCACACAGAGCAUUAGUUGCAAAGUACCUACAAAAGGUUAGGGAAUCGGUAAUUGACAGAUUUCUGGUUGCAAAGCACCAUUAUCUGCUUUCUGAUCUGGUCAAUGAAGAGGAAAUCCCUAGUGUUGGCAUUUUGGGGCUCAACCUUUUUAAACUGGCAGAGCCAAAACGGCCCUUAAAACCAAGGCGAAAAGAGCGGAAAAAAGUAACUGCGCAGAAUCUUUCAGAUGGUGAUGUAAAGCUCUUGGUAAACAUUGUUCGCGCUUAUGAGAUUCCUGUUAGAAAGCCUACUGGAAGCAAACUUCAGCAGCCAUCUAGAUCAUCACGGUCUUUCAAUGAGAUGUUUGCUGCUUCUGCAAUCCCUCAGAGCCCAACUCACAGCACAGACUGGGCACUCAACCAGGUUUUAGUCCGACCUUUUGUAGAGGUUUCUUUCCAGCGAGUGGUUUGUCAGACGACGACUGCCGAAGGGCCAAACCCAAAUUGGAAUGAAGAGCUUGAACUGCCAUUUAGAGCCCCUAAUGGUGACUACAGCACUUCCAGCUUGCAGUCAGUGAAUGAUGAUGUGUUUAUUAAUGUUUUCGAUGAAGUAGUAUAUGAUGUCUUGGAGGAUGACCGUGAAAGAGAAAGCGGCGGAGUCCACACCCGUGUCGAGAAACACUGGCUUGGAUCUGUUCGGAUUCCAUUUACAACUAUAUAUUUUCAAGCGAGAAUUGAUGGUACAUUUAAGAUAGAUAUUCCUCCAGUUCUUCUUGGAUAUACUAAGGGGAAAAGUCUAGGAAUUGAAAGAGGCUAUGAUUUGAUUCGCAAUCUGAGUGAAGGCUCCUAUAUAUCAUUGUUUAUUACUAUUGAACCACAGCUUAUCCCUGGAGAAUCUGUUCGGGAGAAGAUGAAUGAAAUGCUUAAGAAGUUUGACACCCAAGAAGACGAGAAGCUUCUCCAAGCAGCGGAGAGAUAUCAAGCUGAAUGUGCCCUGAAGUUUCCAAACCGCCAGUGCCUGACAACAGUAAUUGACAUCAAUGGAAAAACUGUCUUCAUUACUAGAUACAUCAAACCUCUAAACCCACCAGAGGAGCUCCUCCGAGACCACACUGACAAUCCCCAAGAAACCUCCGAGCUGGUUGCCCGAUAUGUUGCCUUGAUACCCUUCUUGCCUGAUAGCAUAUCAUUUGCUGGAAUCUGUGACUUAUGGAGUACAUCAGAUCAAUUCCUUGAUCUUUUGGCUGGAGAUGAAGAAGAACACGCUGUGUUGUUGUGUAAUUAUUUUCUUGCUCUUGGCAAAAAGUCCUGGCUUUUAAUUGGAAAUGCUAUUCCAGAGGGACCAACAGCAUAUGUGUUAACGUGGGAGCAAAACCAGUAUGUGAUCUGGAAUCCCAGCAGUGGCCAUUUUUAUGGCCAAUACGACACUUUCUGUCCAUUACAGAGUGUAGGCUGCUUAAUUUCCUCUGACAAUGUUUGGUUCAACAUUCAACAGUAUGAUUCUCCGCUAAGGAUAAGUUUUGAUGUCAGCAAACCCAAAUGCUGGAAGCCUUUCUUUUCAAGAAGUUUACCAUUUCCUGGACUCUCCAGUGUGCAGCCUGAAGAACUAUUCUAUCAACAUGCGGACAAAGCAGCUGCAGUAGAACUACAGGGCAGCAAAAGAGUACCCGCAACCCCCGCUCGCCCAUCGCAGCCACCCGGAAGACUACCUGCCACCGGCGAUGGCGUCCUCGGGCUUAAGGCCCCUAAGAAAGCCGCCACAAACAAGACAGGGGCGAAUGAUAACGUGGUGGGGGAUGCUGCAUCGACAAGAAAAGAAUUGGCACCCUGCACUGUGGUGACCAGGAGCUCAGCCCCAUGGCGCCUGAUGAGCUGGUGGAAGAGGUGGACACCCUACCAUCGCCAUGGCCAAGAGGUCUGCUCUAUUUGUUCCCUCGCACCCCCCUACUGGUACGUGUGUUGCACAGGGUCAUGGUUCCUAUGAACACACCUCGUCCUGGUGGCCCCAUAUUGGCCACAAAGGCAUGGUUCACUGAAAUCAGCAACCAGGACACGGAACCCCAUGUCCCACUUCCAGUCACCCCAGAUCUCCUGCAGCAAGGACCACUCCAACACCCAGAUCCAGGCUGCUUGGAAACCGAACGGUGACUACUAAAGCUGCACAGAUACUCAGCUUCAGUUUGCAACACCAUGCUAGCGCCCAGAAAGCCAUCCACUAACAGAAUAUACCAAGAUACAUGAAGAGCCUUCCUGAAAUAGUCGACCCACCACGGGGUCCCCAAGGGGUCUGCCUCCAUGACUCACCUGUUACAGUUCCUGCAAGACGGUCUGGACAAAGGGCUCUCCACUAAUACCUUAAAACGCCAAGCCACCUCAUUAGUGGACCUAAUCUCUGGAACCCCUAAGAGCACUAAAUGUCGCCAUGCGCAUCUACAAUGCUUCCUGAAAGGCACUACCCUCCUGUCUCCUCUAGUGAUGUACACGGAACCGCGGAGCUGCGGUCCAGCACUGGGGUGGGGGUUCCUUUGAGGGUGUGGGGGGGUGU